UUUUUUUUUUUUUUUUUNUUAUUAACAUUUGCAGUAAUCUGAUUUACUCGAAGACCUCAGCUUAAAGUGGGUCUUGGAUUUUUACUCAAAGUCAGCAUCUUUUUAGUAUCUGCAGCGAUAUUAUGUUGGUUUAAGCUGAUUUAGGAGAUGAAAGGUUAAAAUACGGAGUAGUUGUUGUACUUUGAAAGAGUUUUAGGGUGAGAUGAGACGCUAUUUUCUGGGAUUUAGAGGACAACAAUGACUACAGGGUCAUUGGGUCUUCGAUCUUCAGGCAGUUACGGUUCAUUACAGCAAUUUCAAAAUGGUUCCUUGUUUUUCCCAAUUCAGACAACACCACCAACCUCUCGAAAGCCUCCUAAGACGGUUAAGGAUAAAGAUAAGCUAAUCCUUUGGAUAAUUAAGUUUGCACAGAGAAAGAAGAUUGGGAUGCUGCUCUUAUGCCUUGUUUCCUUAGCUGUUUUCAUGUGGGUUUUGAUUGUUGGCAAAGAUGCUCCAGAGAGUAUUAUUCCCAGCAUAAAUAUGGUGCCCGGGCCAUUAUCCGAGGACAAUGUUGAUGUGAAUGUAAAUUUAUCUUCACAAAUUAUGGCUGUCAAAGCAAGUACAGAAAAUACUAUACAGCCCGUGUUCUUUACGGGAUACAAACUUCCACCCGGGAAUCCAUGCGAGAAUUUCACAUUGCCUCCACCACCGGCCGAUAAAAAGAGGACGGGCCCACGUCCUUGUCCUGUGUGUUAUCUGCCUUCUGAAGAUGCUGUUGCUCUCAUGCCAAAUGCGCCAUCUUUUUCUCCCGUGCUCAAAGACUUGAAAUAUAUUCACAAGGAGAAUUUAACUAAAUCCGAGGUUGGAGGCUCGGAAUUCGGUGGAUAUCCUUCAUUGAGUCAGAGGAGUGAUUCGUAUGAUAUACGAGAUUCGAUGAGUGUGCAUUGCGGAUUUGUGAAAGGAACAAAGCCAGGUCAUCAGACGGGCUUCGACAUUAACGAAUCUGAUCUCCUCGAGAUGGAAAAUUGUCGGGGGAUCAUUGUUGCAUCGGCAAUAUUUGGGGCAUUUGACUUGAUACGGCAGCCAAAGGGUAUCAGUGAGCAUUCUCAGCAAAAUGUGUGCUUUCAUAUGUUUGUGGAUGAACAAACCGAGUGUUAUUUGAAGAAUUCAAGUGCAGUUAACAUUGAGAAGAAAGUCGGGCUAUGGAGAAUUAUAGUUGUUCACAAUUUGCCGUAUUCUGAUCCGAGACGUAAUGGAAAGAUUCCUAAACUGUUGCUUCAUCGGCUUUUCCCUAAUGCCCGUUACUCGAUUUGGAUCGAUGCAAAGCUAGAGCUCGUUGUGGACCCAUUUCAAAUUCUCGAAAGAUUCUUGUGGAGAAAAAAUGCAAGCUUUGCAAUAUCAAGACACUAUAAGCGCUUCGAUGUUUUUGAAGAGGCAGAAGCUAAUAAAGCCGCAGGGAAAUACGACAAUGCCUCCAUUGACUUCCAGAUCGAAUUUUACAAAAAGGAGGGUUUAACACCAUAUUCCGAGGAAAAAUUGCCAAUCAGUAGUGACGUACCGGAAGGAUGUGUAAUAAUCAAAGAGCACAUUCCAAUCGCCAAUUUGUUUACGUGUCUGUGGUUCAAUGAAGUCGAUCGUUUUACGUCGAGAGAUCAGUUAAGUUUCUCAACCGUAAGGGAUAAGAUCCGCUCGAGGACCAAUUACACGAUAAAUAUGUUCUUGGAUUGCGAACGUCGCAAUUUUGUGGUCCAGGGUUACCAUAGGGACAUGCUCGAGCAUCAGUCACAGCCAUCCGAUGACAUAUUAACUUACAUCCAUUCUCCCAAUCCACUCGUAAACCCAAAUGAUUAUAAUCUGAAAACAAAACCGGCCGAGUUUCUGGUGGACCCCAUCACGGUGAAUCCAAACCUGAAAUUUCCCACCAAAGAGAGAAAGUCGAGGCGCCACCGGAAAACCACCAAUCCAAAUUUUGUCUAAGCAAAAGGUUCUUAUUUGUUUAAUUUGCUCUCCUGUUUUAAGGGGAAAACCAACAUUUAUAAUGACUGUGAGAGACUGGGAUUUGUUGUGCAGGAUGAGAGCUGUAGAGUGUAGAUUUAAUUCCAUAUAGCAACUUUUUUUUUCCUAUCUUUUUGCUUCCUUCUUGGUGUACUAUCCAUAUUGAGUUUGUACAUAUAUAAUGAUAUUUUUCCUUUUUAUCCCUCUCUUUAUUAUUGUUGGAGA